AUGCAGGCCGUGUUGCACAAGCAUCGCACAUUAUCUGGCACAUUCCCUAACGUCGUCUUUUCCUGUCCUAUCGCGCGGUAUCCCUCGUUCUGGACAGCGUGGAUGUGGUCUCACAGAGCUGCGCCUCUAAAACAGUAUGUGCUUGUGUCGGUGAAGCUGCCAAUGGACGACAUGGUUGACGUAUUACCAGCGUUGCAGGCUGAUGUCGGUGCGGAAGCCCAGACGAACAUCCUUAUUCUAAUCAACAAGGGGUGA